UUUUAAAAGGAGACUUUUCUUUUGAUUCUUUGGAUUUUGAAAGCCGCAGAAAUCGGUCGCCUUCUUCGCCGGACGGCUGGUUUGAUCGUCGUCUCGACAGUGGAAGAGUGAAGGAACUCAUAAUCUUUGCUUCGCCAUAGUCUUCAAUUUCGAUAUACACCGCAUGCUGCACAAUUUCAUAGACAUGCUCACAAUCCUUACUCCUAACAAAAAUUACUGCUGAAUCCUUGUGUGGUGCAGUUCGAAGUGAAGAAAUGGACGGAGAGGAGUUGACGGAGCAGGAAACUCAAUUGUACGAUCGCCAGAUUAGGGUUUGGGGCGCGGAUGCACAGAGGAGGCUUAGCAAAGCUCACGUUCUAGUGUGUGGAAUCAAAGGGUCUGUUGCUGAGUUUUGCAAGAAUAUCGUCCUUGCUGGGAUUGGUAGUUUGACAUUGGUGGAUAAUCGGUUGGUGACUGAAGAAGCACUUUCUGCUAAUUUUCUAUUACCUCCUGAUGAGGGGGUUUUUGCUGGGAAAACUGUUGCUGAGCUUUGCUGUGAUUCUUUGAAAGAUUUCAAUCCUAUGGUACGAGUUUCGGUCGACAAAGGUGAAUUGUCGAGCUUUGAUGAAGAGUUUUUGAAGACGUUUGAUGUUAUUGUCGUUAGUUGUUGCUCCCUUGCUGAAAAAAAAUCAGUCAAUGAGAAAUGCCGGAACUUACCGAAGCGCAUAUCGUUUUAUACUGUUGAUUGUAGAGAUUCCUGUGGUGAAAUAUUUGUUGAUCUACAACAGUAUACAUAUGCAAAGAAAAAACUUGAGGACACUGUCGAAUGCCAACUAUCAUAUCCAAGCUUUGAGGAAGCAAUUUCAGUACCCUGGAAAGCACAUCCCAGAAGAGUUUCAAAGCUAUUUUAUGCAUUGAGAGUCAUAGAAAAGUUCGAAGAGGCCGAGGGACGAAAUCCAGGAGAGACUACAAUAUCCGAUCUUCCUGGGGUUUUGAAGUUGAAAAAGGAGCUCUGUGAGUCACAGUCACUGAAUGAAGCUCAUAUUCCCAACGCCCUCCUAGAGAGAUUGGUGACAAAUUCAAAGGAAUUUCCUCCUGUUUGUGCUAUCAUUGGAGGAAUUCUUGGACAGGAAGUAAUUAAAGCUAUUUCUGGAAAAGGAGACCCUCUCAAGAAUUUUUUCUACUUCGAUGCUGUUGAUGGGAAAGGUGUCAUAGAGGACAUAUCUAGCAAGCCAUAACACUUGAUGCUUAUCGACCAAGUAGGAGCUACCAGAUGUGGGCAAUUGGUGAAGAUUUUUAACCUUUUGAACUAACUUUUAUAGAUUUUAAUUUUGACUGAAUUGAAAAUUUUAAUGUUUGAUUGGAUUUGCUAGAAGUUGGUUGAAAAUGGGCUUCGAUCGAAAUAGAAAUCAAUGGUAUAUUUAGCUCGUUUCGAUGUCGACACGGCACAAAGUUAGGUUUGAAUGCCAAAGAUGGUAACUCUCGAUCUAAAUCUCGAUAUUGAUAUGAAUGUGAAUUUAGCUCUUGUUA